UAGUGGUUCUCGCUGACCGCAGGAUUAGCUGAGUUCACAGGUUCACAGGCGACGUGGACUGAUGCGACCCCCCCAACGGUCGACGCCCCCCUUAACCGCGUCACACUUCUGUUUGAGUGUGUGUGUGUGUUGUGCUGUGUGAAGAUGGCGGAGGCCGCUGAGAGUCCGAGACACAGAUUUUUCUGUCACUGCUGUAAAAGUGAGGUGGAGCCCAAAGUGCCGGAAUAUCUGUGCCCCAGGUGUGAGUCUGGCUUCAUCGAGGAGGUGACUGAGGACUCCAGCGUUCUACAGAGUGGAAAUGUUGCUACUGAUGGAGUAUCAAGCAGUGAUGGCAUGACCUCACAGUUUGCUGAGCUGUGGCAGCUGCUCUUCAUGGAACGGUCUGCCCUCCUCUCCGACCCCACUAUCUCUGGCUCGGAAUCACUCUCUGGCACUUCUGCUGUGCAGACUGUAGUUGCUGAUCAUCCACCAGAGACGUUGAGGCCUGUAGCUGGUCCUGAAGGGCCUUCAGAAGCCAUAGCUCCUGAGCAGGUGCCUCAACAGCACAGUCAACGGAGGCACUCUCGCCCAGACCGAGGACCAGCAGUGGAAGGAAUUGUUCAGCAAUUCUUGGCUGGCCUGUUCGCCAACUCUGGAAAUAUGAAUUCCCAGCCAUCCUCUUGGUCUGGAAUGUUGCACUCAAACCCCGGAGAUUAUGCCUGGGGACAAGGAGGUUUCGAUGCUGUCAUUACACAGUUGUUGGGUCAGUCGGAGAGCGCUGGUCCACCGCCUGCAGAGAAAGAAAUGAUCUCAUCCCUCCCUACCGUCCACGUCUCAUCAGAACAGGCUGCAUGUCGUCUGGAAUGUCCCGUGUGCAGAGAGGAGUACUCGGUAGGGGAAUCGGUCCGACAGCUGCCUUGCCUGCACUGUUUUCACAGUGACUGCAUUGUGCCUUGGUUACAACUGCAUGAUACAUGCCCUGUCUGUCGCAAGAGUCUGAAUGGUGAAGAUUACAGCCUCCAGAGCCAACCUGCACCUCAGGAGACCAGUCCUGUCACCACGGAACCCUACAGGACCCAGCAUUUAUGAUAAUGUUUCCUUACUGUCUCUCUUUUGCAAGUCGUCCACCCGAGAGAGACAUAAAGCACUCCAGAGGACACCGUUGGAAUCGCUGUUUGGGAAGAAGUCUCCGGGCGGUCUUUCUGAGGGGGUCAAUAAACCCUGAUUCUUACUGAUAUUAUGCACAGCAAUAAUGCACAUGAUCACUUUUUUUCUAAAGUGAACCUACUGUAUGUAUUUUCUGACAGGAGACGCUUACGUUUGUACAGCUCAACAUGGAAUUAAAUUUUCAAGGAAACCAACCUUAA